CCUAUCAUCCACCCCCUCAAUCAUUCUACCACUGAGAGUAGACUGCUAGAGUCCUCUUGGAAGCUCAUCAUUGCCACCAUGUCCGCGGAACAAUUCCAACUCUCCUUUUCUCCCUUGACCGGAGUGGCUUUCGGUCCAGACAGGACUCAGGUCGCUGUCAGUCCAAACAAUAACGAAGCUCAGAUCUAUAAGCGAUCAGGAGACUCAUGGAAUCUUGAGACAACGUUGGCCGAGCACGACAAGCUCAUUACUGCUAUCUCUUGGGCACCUCAGACGAAUCAGAUCGUCACUUGCUCUCAGGACCGAAAUGCUUAUGUAUGGACAUUGACCGAUGGCAUCUGGAAACCCAUGCUGGUUUUGCUGCGUAUCAACCGAGCUGCGACUUGCGUCAAGUGGAGUCCAAAGGAAGACAAGUUUGCGGUUGGCAGCGGUGCGAGAACUAUUGCUAUCUGCUCUUUUGACGAGGAGAACAAUUGGUGGGUCUCAAAACACAUCAAGAAGCCCCUUCGUUCCACCGUCUUGUCAUUGGACUGGCACCCCAACAAUGUCCUGCUCGCAGCCGGAGCGGCCGACGCUAAAGCCUACGUCUUUUCGGCGUUCAUCAAGGGUGUUGAUGCCAAACCUGAGCCCACAGUCUGGGGUGAUCGAUUGCCCUUCGGAACCAUUUGUGGAGAGUUCUCCAGUCCUAGCGGAGGAUGGAUUCACGACGUGGCGUUCUCACCUUCGGGAGACGUGUUGGCUUAUGUUAGCCACGACUCGACGAUCAGCAUCGUGUACCCAUCUGCACCUGGCGAGCCACCUGCCGCGCACAUCUCGGUCCGAUGCCCUUCACUCCCAUACCUGGCCUUGUCGUUCGUUUCUGAAUCGUCUCUCAUCGCUGCGGGACACGACUGCCAGCCUGUUGUCUACUCUGGCUCAAGCGACGGAUGGACUCUCUCUCAAUCUCUCGACGAUCCCAACAAUGCCUCAAAGUUGACUCCCUCCUCGACUGGCAACCGAGUCUCUUCGGGAGGUGUCGGAAGACUCAACAACGAAGCAUUUGCCCACUUCCGAUCUGCAGACACAAAGGGACAGUCUAAAUCUUCGACUGCUUCCAACGUUGCUGGACUCACUCCUGUAGGUGCGGAUGGACUUCUCAAGACCGUCCAUCAGAACUCGAUCACUUGGGUCGAACCUUAUGAAUGGGGUCAAGGAGGAGAAGUCACAAAGGUCUCGACAGCGGGCAAAGAUGGCAAGUUGGUCGUUUGGCCAAUCAGUGGAGCUGGCAAGGCCGGGGGUCUCGCAGGCAAAAUGAGCGGACUGUCCAUGUAGAUUCAUGAGCAUUUUGCUCCAUUUCCGAUGAGGAUCCGUAGGUGUCGUCAUAUAUGAAAUUGGUCAUUUCUUGGCUGGCGGUC